AUGACGAGGUAUCAAAUAAUCCAACGGUUGAUAGCAGAUGACGCACCAGACAAUCUUUUUCGACAUGCCUCCUAUAUCAGCACCACUGGCGGUGGGUCAGGUGGUCUCCCAAUGUUGUUUCUAACCGAUGCAAGGGAAAACCGCAUCCAAAGAAUCUCAAUGGGGAAAUUACUCCGGCAAUGCGGCAUUAUCGUGCCUGGUGAUUGUGUUUUGACGAUGCAUGCCUCUGGGAACUUGUACCGAUCUCUUGACCUAAUGUCGGAGGUCAUGGAGAAUGCCGGUGGAACAGUAUUCUGUGCCGGCCAUCACAUGCCUCAUGCUGAAGUUAUCCGUUUGGUUUCUACCUUUCGCAUCAACGUUAUCUGCGGUGAUUCUAGCCAGAUUCUCCAAUUUACCAUGUAUGUCUCCUCCUUGCCAGAGACACAGCGAGAAGCAAUCAAAAUCAAAAAGGUCAUAUAUACCUCUGAGCCAUUGGUGCGAUCCCAGCGAGCGUAUAUCAAAUCGGUGUUUGGCGAUGUGCCGAUUUGCUCCGUAUUCGCAAGUGCCGAGUCUGGUCCGUGGGCUGUGAUGAACCAUGCCGUGACGAACCAUGAAGACGACGAGUCGGCCGAUUUUAUUUUCGAUACUCGGAAUGUUAUCAUCGAAGUGUUGCCUCAAUGCGCAGCUGAACGCAGCAUCCAUUCUCCAGAGGAUAUAAAACCCCUUGCAGAUGGUGAAAUAGGCGUUAUCGCAGCCACCUCUCUCCAGCGUCUGCGUAAUCCUCUCAUCCGAUAUCUAUCAGGGGAUAUCGGUUCGUUACAUCCUCUGCCGGAGAACAAUGUCAUUGAUCCUGGGGUAUCACAGCACUUUAGGGUCCUUCGGUUGCACGGGCGUGAUCAGCGUUUCAGCUUCAACUGGCAAGGCGAAUAUUUCGACUUCAAGGCUAUCCUUCGAUUGAUGCAAUCUGAUGAGAUAUCUGUACUGCAGUGGCAGGUCAUUCGCACUCAAAUGUCCACUUCUACUCAUAACCUGGAAUUGCGUGUGCUGAGGGGACAAUCUGGCGGUCGGACGUUAUCUGAUGGGGACCUUGUUCAGAAGUUGAAGCGUUUCUUCCACGUCGUUCAUGACACAGAAGCCUAUUUCCAUGUCGUCUUUGUUUCAGGAUUGCAGGGCUUUGAGCGCAGCAAGACUGGUAAUAAAGUGAUGCGCUUUGUGGAUAUUUAG